GAGAUUUCAAAUAUAAAUGAGUUAGCUAACCACUACUUCAAAUAAAAUUGUCUCUUUAAAGCUUUGUUGUUUAUGCGUCAUAUGUGUUUUGGCCAAUUGCAAUUUUCAAGUGUCAUCACAUAACCUCCAAAUCUAUUGUGUACGUUUUCUGUAGCAUUGCAUUGCAUUGACAAAGUUUUGUACGGAAUUAAUAUUGCGCAUCUUAAGAAUGGCGUUAUUUAAAUAUCAGGAGAAUUUAAUGAAUCAAGACACAAGAACUGAAGCUCUGAAUGAUAUUAAACAACAACUAGUUAGUGCAAGAGGCACUGACAUUGCAGAAUAUGCUCAUAGCAUCAAGAUUCCUCUGCUUUUUGAAUGCUUGGAAAACGAUGAGAAUGAGGAACAAAUUGAUCUGGCCUGUGAAAUCUUAACAAUUUGUAUGGAAAACUUAUCAUUAGGAGAGAGUUUGGUAAAGUAUCCUGGUUCAUUAGAAAAGUCACUAACACACAAAUAUGACAUUGUUCGUCAAAUGUCUUUGAAAGAGGUAAUGUUUUCAAAAGAAUCUCUCAUUGCAAAAAUCGUAGAUUGUGUGGGACAUGAUAAUUUAAGUGUAGCACAUGUUGCCGUAAAUAUUCUAUGUUUAAUAAUAAUGCCGUGGAUAAGUAAUCACCAGAUAUUAUCUGGUUUGCAAAAUGUUAUGAACCGUGGUGAAAUUCAAAGAUUUAGAGUUUAUGAGAUACUGAUACAGUUGGCAACAAAAUCUAAAGAUAAUUUCAAUAAAAUCGAAUCUACAUCAUUCUUAGCAAAAAUGUUAAGUGAAUUAGAUUUAAAAGAUGAAUUAGUACAAUUAAAUGUUAUUGAGUUGCUAACACAAUUAGCUAUGUCUGACCACGGUUUUAAUUACUUAGAGAAUAAAGGCAUAUUUAAACAUUUUGCUGUACAAGUGGAAAAUAUAGAUCAAAAUCCAUUGAGUCCUCUAAUUUUACCAGGAUUGUUAAAAUUCUUUGGUCGAGUUGCUCAUACCAGACCGACAUCUAUGUUGACUCAAUAUAAGAACAUUCUUUCAAAAAUUUUUGAUAUUGUUCAAAAUAGCUAUGAUGAUGAAACAUUGCUACUUGUAUCAUUGGAUACUAUAGGAUAUUUAGGUGCAACAAGAGACGGCAAAUUUGCUUUAAAUAAUAACGUAUAUGAAAAUAUGGUUGCCACAUUGAAGAAAAUUGGAUUUUAUAUUCAUAGCGGAUCAACCGAAAUUAGGAUUCGAGCAUUGGAUUGUUUAAAACAUUUAGUUGAAAUUGAUCCAAGUGAUACGAAUAAUGAAAUACAAUCUAUUACACAAAAAUGGUUUAACACAUUGUGUGAAAACCCAGUUGACUUCAUUUUCAAUGUUUGUAGAAAACCAUUCCCGGAUAUUAAAUUGGCAGCGUUGGGUAUUUUGAAAGUUAUUGCUUGUCAAUUAUGGGGUGCAGAUUUGAUUGUAAAUAAUCCAGGUAUCAUAGAAUAUUUGCUAGACAGACGAACAGAGAACUUUAAAGAUGGAAAACAAGCAAAGUUUGACAUAAUUUUUGCAUUAAAUCAAAUUCCUGAUUUAGAUUUAGAAUUGAGACAAAGACUGCAGUUGUAUAUUGCUGAAGGACCAUUUUAUGUUGAAGCUGUUACAGACAUUGCCAUUGAGGGAGAAUAAAUCAUGUUUAUAGCAUC